AUGCAACGUCUAAGCAUCUCUAGGGGUCACGCCUUCAUGCUUAUUUACUCAAUUACUAGUCGUGUCUCCCUGGACGAGUUAACUCCGAUUUACGAGGAGUUGGUUCGAAUUAAAGGCCCUACUGCAAUGCCAUCCAUUCCCAUAAUGCUAGUUGGUAAUAAGUCCGACGAAAGUGACACCGGUCGUGAAGUAUCCACAGUACAAGGCGAGGCCAUGGCUCAGAAGUGGAAUUGUGGAUUCAUGGAAACGUCAGCAAAGAACAAUGUCAACGUGAAGGAGGUGUUCCAGGAGUUGUUACGCAUGGAAACUAGACAAAAUAUGACUCUGGUUGGUGACAACUCAAAUUCCAAGGGCAUUCUCUCCUGUUUUCGUUUCCUGAGACACGGAAGCACUCAGCGAGGCAAUCGAGACGAGAAGCGUGAUUCCAAGCCCGUGUCCUCAGAUCCAACAAGUUGA